AUGUGCACCUGCUUUGAUCUCCAGUCCAUUUCUGCCCAUCUCCUAAUGCGGUUCCUUGUGGUUUCCGGACCGUUCCUAGGGCACCCUGGAGACCUCUACCGACUUGAGAGUUUCUUGGCUUAUUCCGCGGCGCCGUCGUGUUCGUCGGUCCGCUGUGGGACCCUCAGCCCCGCGUCCCUUCAGGUCCUACGUGCGUCGGUCAACUAUUGUCUGAAGGAAAAGCGCGUCCAGGCUCUCCAGUCUGUUGUCUUCCACCGAAUCGCCCACUUCGCUCCGUCGCCGGUUCCACCCUCGUGUUCGUCUCCCUCGUGCUCUCCCUUCCCUGAGCGCACUUCCAGUCCGCCGUCGAUCCCGCCCGCCUCACGGUCGCUCUCUUCUCCGAGCGGUCCGUGUGCACCUCUCGCUUCGUCCUCUUCUGGUGUCGCGCUCUCUGCUGAGAAGUCGCGAAAGAAACCGCGCCUGUCGCUUCUGCGCGCGCGGAGAAGGCCCUUCAGCAGAGAACUCGGGACGCUUCCUGCCUCGUCUUUGUCCUCGUUUGCCGCGCCGUCGCCAGGCCUCCAUCCGCAGCUUCUGAGAGAAGCUGUCGUUCUUCUCAAGCGCGUGGCCGACUACGCAGUCCCCGUGCGUCUUCUGUCUCUGCCUUCAUGGGAGCGAGAGCAGCGGCGAGCGGAAGAGGCGCGAGAGAGAAGAAGGCAGGGGAGACUUCUCUCUGCUACCUCAAGCGCCAAGCAACAGGAAGCGAACAGGCACGAUGGGAACGCGCUGGGGGAGGGAUUUGUCCCAGUGGAACAAGACGGCUUGAACCGCCAAGAAGCUCUUGGGCGGAAGUGGAAGGAUACGCCGGAGACACAGGCCGAACCGCACAGAGCCGCUCAGCCGACAGCGAGUUCAGCCUCCACCGUGCUGGAGCCGAACCCGGAAAAGGACGAAAACGGAAAGCCUGCGAAACGGAGAAGUGGAGAGAUUGAGGGAGGCGGGAAAGAAACUCGAAAAACACGAAAAGCCAGCAAAGGCGUUCCCUGGGGCGCACCGCAGUGGAUCGCUGGCGGCCACACCAAGAGCGUUUGGGAUGGCUGCAUCAAGGAAACAGAACGGUUCAACUGGUGGGUGAUCGAGGAACGCGCCGCGACGGCUCUCGGCUGUCUCGACGGCGGGACGUUUCUGCUCUUUUUCUCGUCGAGUCUUUAUGCUCUCCCGGACCGCCGCAGCUCCCCAGCUUCUUCUGCCCGUGCGCCUCCUCCGUCUCCCGUGCUCCAGUGUGUUUAA